AAGCCGCUGGAGCCAAAUGGCUUAUGGAAAAUGUAGCAUUAGCAGCCGUAAACAAAAUAAAUCCGCGUUGAAGCUCCAGAAAACAACGACAAAUAAAAUAAAACAAGCCGUGAGGUGACAGAUCCCAGGCAGAGCACAUUCUGGGUAUGGUGAGGACAAGAGAGGAAUAUAUCCGCCAGGCUAAAUGACAUUAACUGGCUAACGUUAGACUGUAUCCUUGAGUGUUCAGUAGCUAACCUUAGCUAGCCAGCUAGUUAAAUGACCUGGCAGGAACAGUGUUAGCUAGGCUAGCUAGUUUGCAAAUACUUUGUUAGCUGACGUUACCUGUGAAGUUUAAAAAACAUAGCUCGCCUGCAACUUUAUUAGUAUAACUUUUUAAAACGCCCGGCGUGUUAAGUUGUACGGCUAAUACUUAGCACGACAUUUUGGUUAAACGCUGCGGAAUAUUGUUGCCGUGUAUUAAAGGCUCGUUAGCAACCUAGCUACCUAGUUCAGAUAAUCUGAUCAUAACCGGGAUAUGCGUCUGAACACCAACAACAACGGCCUUUGCAGAAUAAUUUUGGCCUGGACGCAUUAAAGAAAAGUUUGUUAAGGGGAACGUUUAGGCAACUUCUGUCUAGUCCAAGGCCACAAGUAGUUAGCUCGCUGUACGACCUUAUUGCAUAUUGGAUGUUCAUUGUCACUUUACGAGCCUCGGAGAUAACCUGCUAACGAGUUAGCCAGCGUUACAUUAAAUUCAAAUAAACUUUAUUGGGACAGAGCGGGGCGCGUCGCCACUGGUUAGCUAGCUAACGUUAGCCAGCUCUGGUCGGGGGAGUAACUUGUGACAGUUGAGGUAUGAGCCCAACUUUUUUAGGUGGAUUAGCGAAUCAUUUGAGUUAGCUAUACGACGUCGCGGGCUAAUUAACAGUUAAUAGUUAACUCACUGAAAUCUCUGCUAACGUUAUGCUGUUACAUUUUCAUCCAAGCAGCUAACGUUAGCUGCCCGGUUAGCAGGCUGUCAUUGCGGUUGUCAUCUUUAGCUUUAGUAACUAUGCAGGGACUAGGAGACUGAAACUUUGAGGAAACGCCACAAACCGAUUUAACGAAGCUUUCUGAAGGGUUCGUCGCAAAUAUUCGUAGCUACGGUGUCUCGCUAGGUAACUGGAAUUGUUCACUCUGUUGAUCACUGAGCCAGCAGUCUGUUUUAAAAAUAUUUUGGUUUGGACUGGUGAUAGCUAGUUAGCCAGGUGCGAUGGCUCGGAUACAGGGAAACGGGCUACAGUCGGCCGAGUCCAGGAGCUUGCGAGGCACCAGGGAGAGCCUGGCCGACCCGGAUAACAGCUCCCUCGGAUCCGACUCCGAGAUCAACGGCUUCGCCAACACCGAGAGGCAAGCGGACAAGUAUGGAUUUAUCGGAGGGGCGCAGAAAUACUCUGGCGAAUCAGCGCAGGACGUCCCUCCAGAGGUGCUGAGGCAGAGGGAGGGCAAAUGGCUGGAGAUGCUCAACAGCUGGGACAAGUGGAUGGCCAAGAGGCACAAGAAGGUGAAGCUGCGCUGUCAGAAAGGGAUCCCUCCCUCUCUGAGAGGCCGGGCCUGGCUCUACCUGUCAGGAGGCAAAGUGAAGAAGGAGCAGAACCAGGGGAAGUUCCGGGAGCUGGACAGUCAGCCCGGGGACCCUAAGUGGGUGGACGUGAUUGAGAGAGACCUGCACAGACAGUUCCCCUUCCACGAGAUGUUCAUGGCUCGCGGAGGCCACGGGCAGAAGGAUCUGUUCAGUGUGCUGAAGGCCUACACUCUGUACAGGCCAGAGGAGGGCUACUGCCAGGCCCAGGCCCCCAUCGCCGCAGUGCUGCUCAUGCACAUGCCUGUGGAGGAUGCAUUCUGGGGUCUGGUCCAGAUCUGUGAGAAGUACCUUCCUGGAUACUACAGCACCGGGCUGGAGGCGAUCCAGCUGGAUGGGGAGAUCCUGUUCGCUCUGCUGCGCCGUGUGUCGCCCCUGGCCUACCGGCACCUGAAGAAGCACAAGAUGGAGCCCAUCCUGUACAUGACGGAGUGGUUCAUGUGCGCCUUCUCCCGAACCCUGCCCUGGGCCUCUGUGCUGCGCGUGUGGGACAUGUUCCUCUGCGAGGGUGUGAAGAUCAUAUUCCGGGUGGGGCUGGUGCUGCUGAAGUGCAUGCUGGGAUCUCAGGAGAAGCUGAAGACGUGCCAGGGGCAGUACGAGACCAUGGAGCGUCUGCGGGCCAUCGAUGUCCGCUACAUGCAGGAGGGCUUCCUGGUCCGCGAGGUGCUGGAGCUGCCCAUCUCGGAGCGGGACGUUGAGAAGGAGCACCAUGCGCAGCUGCGGCGCUGGAAGGAGACCCACGGCGAGCUGCACUGCAAAUCCCCUCCCAGAAUGCACGGCGCCAAGGCCAUCAUGGCCGCCGAGCCGCCCAGCCGGCAGGACCUGCGGCAGAGACCCACCAUCAUUGUGGAGUCGCCCCUGGCUCAGACGUCUCCCGCCUCGACCGCCACCGACUCCACGAGGAAGGAGGAGGAGGAGAAGGGGAGGAAGAAGAGCCAGAAAGGAAACCUAAAGAAGACCCCCAGCAUGGAGAAGAUCGCCAACCCUUACCCGUUACCCAGCGACCCCCAGCCCCUGCUCAAAGACACGCCCCUGCAGGGCUCCAACCAGAGCCUCAGCAGCACAGAGCAAGACACUUACCUGUAGCUCACCCUCUUGUGGUGGGAGGAUGGAAGUGCAGCUGGAAGGCUGUGGAGGGAUUGACAGACAUGGGCCCUGCCCCUCCCUAGCACUGUGACAUCGGCAAAAUUUAGUCUAAACCCCACCCCCUUAUCCUCACCAGACCAGGUGCUGUUUACACUGUGGCUGGCCCUUCAGGUAGAUCCCAAAUCUCUCUACAGGAGGGCACAUUUGGGCUUUUUUUAGUACAGUUUUGUAUCAUUUGGCUGCAAAAAACCUUUUAAAACACGAACAUGUGGGGGACUUAAGUGGAUUUUAACACCAAGAAAGCCUUGGAAGGGGCUGGGAAUGUGAUUGGUCGAAGUUUUGGGGCGGAGGGGACUGUCCCUGGAAGGCGGAGCUGGGUCUCACUCAGUCCUGGGGAGGAACCUUGUAUCUGAGGACAGAUCCGACAAUCUGAGAUUGUGAAGUGUUUUUUUGGGGGGGUCGUUGUGUUUGUAGUUAUUAAUCCCAGGAAACAAGCAGAACUCGAAUGUGUAAAAAGGGACACACGGGUAUUCCGCAGUUGGGGGUGUUAUCCAUUCAUGUCUUCCAUGUCAUUCCACUGAGGGGAGAGGAAGAGGUCUCUGAUGAAGAGGCCUUUCAUUGCCAAUGCAUGCUGUUACUCAGCUAGCCUCCCCGAGUUACUUCAUAUUUCAUAAUACAUAAUAUUUAACCUACAUUUACCAAGGAGGGCCAAAUGAGAACUUCAUUCCCUUACACAGUGACUACCUGUUGAGACAAGGUUGCUAGGAAAUGCAUGGGACCACGAACCAAUCAGCUGCAGAGGGAGGGGUAAAGUGGCCCAAUGCCAAGAGUCUGUUUUGGGAAUUUGACGAAGAUGCAGGGGUUACCAGCCCUAAUCUUUAGAUAAGUGCCAUGGCGUUCUUUAGUGACCGCAGUGAGUUGGGGCAUUGGUUUAACCUCUCACCCAAAAGACAGCACUGUCUACUGCACUGUGUGCCCAUUACUGCAGUGGGGUGUGGGAUUUAAUUCAUCCAGAGGGGCAGUGCCCCCUGCUGGCUCAGAAACACCAUAUCGGGGAGCAGUCCGGUUUUCCCAGGUUUUUCCAGGUGUCCCAUCCAAAUAAUAACCAAGCCCCAUCCCAUUUAGCUGCAGGUAUUUGGCAAUCAGGCCAACUGCCCAUUGUACACACACACACACACACACACACACACACACACACACCCACCC